CCCCACUAAAAAAACGAUCGAAGCAAGUCCUGCAUCCAGCCGUUUGAGACGAUUCAGAAAAGCGCAAAGUCAUGAAUUGACAGAGUUUUCGGGCGCGCCUGGACUCUAUACGAACUUUGACGCCUUCAAUUACCCGUCUAAAAGUUUGUUAAGAGAAUUACGCCAGGCUAUGAGCCGGUGACAGCUUCAGCAAUGAAUGUCUCGCAGCCCAUCUCGUCUGCGAUCGACAGCGUCGACUUCGACUUCCUCACUCCCGCAGAAAUCAAGGCUAUUUCGGUCAAGAGAAUUGAGAACCCGACAACUUUCGACAGUCUUCUAAACCCUAUACCUGGUGGUCUUUACGACCCUGCGCUUGGAGCCUGGGGAGACCAAGUCUGCACAACAUGUAAUCUCGCGCAACCGCAUUGCCCCGGCCAUGUUGGCCACAUCGACCUUCCCGUCCCCGUAUACCAUCCGGUCUUCAUGGACCAGAUUUUGAGGUUACUCCGAGCCCAAUGCCAAUACUGUUUUCGCUUCCGAAUGCGACGAGUCGACAUCGACCUUGUCGCAUGUAAAUUGCGCCUUCUUCAGUUCGGUCUCAUAGACGAAGCUAAUCACCUGGACGAUAUCACGGUCGAUACUACCGACAUACAAGUGGAGGAUGAGGAUCUUUCCGAGGGCGAAGAAACCUCCAAUUCGGAUAGGGUGUCUCGGAUGAGGGAGGUAUACACCCGAUCAAUCUUAAAGCAACAUAGGUUGGGAACCGCCGACAUCAGGAAAGGCAAGCAUGAAGGCGCAUCGGAAGCUAGGAGAAUAGUACUCAAAAAUUUCUUGAGAGAAAUAACCAAAGGUAGAUCAUGCGCCACCUGCCAGGCCAUAUCUCCAAGUUUUAGAAAAGACCGUUUUGUCAAGAUUUUCGAGAAACCACUCAGCGCAAAAGACCAGGCUAAGAUGGCCCAGCGGAACAUGGAACACAGGGAUGCCUUGGCUAUAAAACGAAAGUCGAAGGCAGACGUGGCCAAGAAGCGUAGCUACGCAUCUGACGAAGGAAUAGCAGAUAUCGAUCUGCCUUCAAGCGAAGGAGAAGCCGAGGCUGAGAACGACGAAGAUGAAGAUUCAGAAGGUGAAGGUGAAGAGCUCGAUGAGAAUGGCGAUGUGAUCAUGACAGAAGGCGCCGGCAAGUCCUCGAGGGCGAAUAAGGACUCAGCAGCCAAAUCUCAACAACGUUAUGUUAAUUCGAUGGAAGUUCAAGCUCGACUGCAACUUCUAUUCGAAAAGGAGCAAGAGAUCAUGCGUCUAAUUUACAAUUCGAGACCAUCUGGAAAGAAGCUUCCCGCAGAUAACUUCUUCAUACAAACCGUCCUCGUCCCCCCGAAUAAAUACCGCCCAGAAGCCAAAGCAGGCGACGGAGCAAUUGCCGAGGCUCAACAAAAUUCGCUUUACAAGAUGAUUCUCUCCUCAUGUGCACGAAUUGCUCAAAUCCACAAAGAAAUUGCCCAAAAUGGGAAUAAUCCUGACGAAACAACCCGACGGCGAGACAUUUCUGAAAUGCAUGAAGCAUGCGUUCAGCUCCAGGACAGCGUAAACUCCCUCAUUGACCGAGAUAGGAAUCCUAUCCGUGGUGCCGCCGGGAAGAGGAACGAAGACGGUAUCAAGCAAAAACUGGAAAAGAAGGAAGGUCUAUUCAGAAAAAACAUGAUGGGAAAGCGUGUGAAUUACGCUGCCCGAAGUGUCAUUUCUCCGGACCCCAACAUCGAAACCAGUGAAAUAGGUGUCCCUCCUGUUUUCGCUAGGAAGUUAACUUAUCCAGAACCGGUCACGAGUCACAACUUCAGGGAAAUGCAACAAGCAGUCAUUAACGGCAUUGACAAGUGGCCCGGUGCUGCAGCUAUUGAAAACGAGAACGGGCAAAUUAUCAAUCUGAAGAACAAAUCCGUAGAAGACCGAGUCGCUUUAGCGAACCAACUUCUCGCGCCGACAAGCCAAGAAUAUGCUGGAAUUAGGGGCAAGAAAGUUCACCGACAUCUCGGAAAUGGCGACGUGGUGUUGAUGAAUCGUCAACCCACCCUUCACAAACCUUCAAUCAUGGGCCACCGCGCUAAAGUUCUGCCAGGAGAGAAGACGAUUCGUAUGCACUACGCGAACUGUAACACAUACAAUGCAGAUUUCGACGGUGACGAAAUGAACAUGCAUUUCCCGCAGAACGAACUCGCCCGUGCAGAAGCUUUGAAGGUUGCCGACACGGAUCAUCAAUACCUCUCUGCCACGGCUGGAAAACCCCUGCGUGGUCUGAUCCAGGACCAUCUUUCCGUCUCAGUCGCCCUUUGCAACAAGGACACAUUCUUCGACAAAGGCGCAUACCAUCAAUUAAUAUACAGUGCGCUGCGUCCCGAAAGUGGCCAUAUUACAUCCGAGAGGCUUGAACUCGUACCGCCGGCUACCAUUAAACCGGCUUUACGCUGGACUGGAAAACAGGUGAUCACGACCAUACUAAAGAACAUUAAGCCGGCUGGCUGCGGUGAUCUCUGGCUCUCCGGAAAGUCACAAGUGAAGGGAGCAGCAUGGGGAAAGUUCACCGAAGAGGGAGAAGUCCUAUUUAACGAUGGUGAAUUCAUCACCGGUAUCCUCGACAAAUCACAGCUAGGACCAAGUUCCGGCGGCUUCGUGCACUCAAUUUACGAGAUUUGGGGCCCCGAAUUCGCUGCUAAACUUCUCGGCUGUCUAGGUCGAAUGCUUACUCGAUACCUUAAUAUGCGGGCUUUCAGCUGUGGUAUGGACGAUUUGCGACUCACACCCGAAGGCGAAAGGACUCGUAAAGAGAAGCUACAGAGUGCUAACCAUAUCGGUCUCGAGGCUGCUGCAAAAUUCGUUAGCUUGGGUGAUCGUACAGACGUGACCAGCACAACCCCUAUAUUGCUAGAACGCUUGGAAGAAGUUAUGCGCGAUGACUCUAAACAGGAAGAUCUUGAUCAUGUGGUAAACUCGCAAUCUCGUCUUCUCUCUAGCGACAUUACUGUUGCAUGUCUCCCUGUUGGUCUCGAGAAGCAGUUCCCCAAAAAUCAAAUGCAGUCGAUGACAACAUCUGGUGCAAAGGGAAGUUCUGUCAACGCAAAUUUGAUUUCUUGCAACCUUGGUCAACAAGUUCUUGAGGGUAGGAGAGUACCUACAAUGGUCAGCGGUAAAACGUUGCCAUGUUUCCGCCCCUUCGAAACUAGCGUGAGAGCUGGCGGCUAUAUCGUGAAUCGUUUCUUGACUGGAAUACGCCCCCAAGAAUACUAUUUCCAUCACAUGGCUGGACGAGAAGGUCUUAUUGAUACAGCCGUGAAAACAUCUCGAUCUGGUUACCUCCAGAGGUGUCUUAUCAAGGGAAUGGAAGGUUUGAAAGUGGCCUACGAUUCAUCUGUACGAGAUGCCGAUGGAUCAAUGAUUCAGUUCUUGUAUGGAGAAGAUGGCUUGGACAUCACCAAGCAGAAGUACUUGACUGAUUUUGGCUUCGUGCUUCGCAAUCAAACAUCGCAGAUCGAUCAGCUUGGUAUCGCCGAGAGAGGAUGGGACCAAGAGAUUUAUGAGUCUAAAGAUUUUGCUCAAAAGUACCAAAAGAAAGCCGUCAAAUUAGCCAAGGCGAACAAUCCGAAGGGACUCGACCCCAUUCAUACCGAGCUUAACCCCAACAGACAUGCGUUUUCUACAUCGGAAAAGUUUUACGAGAAGGUAACCGCGUAUAUCAAGGACAACAAAGACGGGCUAAUCAAGGAGAAGGAGAAGGAGAAGGGAGAGAAGAGCCACAAGGGCCACAAGAGUUCAACUGCCGCACUUAUUCCUCGUAAAUAUGCGGAGAAGAUCUUCCAUGCUAAAUACCUCAGCUCGCUAAUGGAACCUGGUGAAGCCGUGGGUAUCGUAGCUGGCCAGUCUGUCGGUGAACCCUCAACCCAAAUGACACUCAACACUUUCCAUUUGGCUGGUCACUCUGCAAAGAACGUCACUCUCGGUAUCCCACGUCUAAGAGAAAUUCUCAUGACAGCUAGUGAUCACAUCGGCACACCAUCUAUGACGCUAUUACUAAACGAAGAGUUGUCUGAAGAGGACGGCGAGACUUUUGCGAAGGCGAUUAGUAUUCUCCCGCUCUCGCACGUCCUCAACAAGGCUACGGUGAAAGAACGCGUCGGGAAAAGCGCCAGUUAUGCUCUAGCGAAGAAAUUCGACAUCCAUCUCGAAUUCUUCCCCUCUGAAGAAUAUACGAAGACGUACGCAAUUAGUAUUUCCGACGUACUUCACACUUUGGAGAUUAAAUUCUUGCCCAUGCUAGAAAAGUUGGUUAAGAAAGAGAUAAAAGCAAAGACUGAUCGGGCAGACGCUGCGGUACCUGAGGUCGGUACCAAAUCCGGAGUGGUGGAAGUGGCGUCUGGUAACCCCGAAGCCGCUGCCCGCGAUGAUGACGACGAUGAUGACGAUGGCGACGACGACGAUGCGACAAAUGCUAAGCAACGCGCGAACCGAUCGCAGGCAGUUUCUUAUGGUGCAAAUGACGACGAAGACGAUGAAAUUCAAAGGCGAAUGGAACGUGAAGCGUCACCUGAAGAUGAAGAAGAGCCUGAAGACGAAGGAUUUGGUGGUAGCCCGCCGCCAGAAGGCGACGACGAGGAUAAUGACUCGAAUGCUGGUAAAAAUUCGAACACACGCGAAGCUCGAGUCAUGGAAAGGACCCGGGUCGUAUCUCGUUUCAGAUGCGAUGAGAAGAAAGGAGAACGAUGUGACUUUACACUCGAAUACGAUUCCGACAUACCCAAAAUCCUCAUGCUGAGCAUUGUCCAAGAGGCAGUCAAGAAGACUCUCAUACAGCAAAUCGAUGGCAUCCGCACAUGCGUCUUCGUCGCCAAGGAAAAAAUUACCAACCCGCGAACCGGCACGGAAGAAGAGAGGCCGGUAGUCCACACAGACGGCGUCAAUCUCCAAGCCAUGCAAAAGUACGGCGACUUCAUCAACCCCAACAGGAUCCAGACAAACGACAUCGCAGCAGUCCUAGAAGUGUACGGCGUCGAAGCGGCACGCAGCGCCAUCAUCCAAGAACUCGGCGCCAUUUUCGACGGCCACGGCAUCAGCGUCGACAAGCGCCAUCUGAACCUCAUCAGCGACUACAUGACCCGGAACGGAGGCUUCACGCCGUUCAACCGAAACGGCCUCAAGGGCAACGUCAGCCCUUUCACGAAGAUGAGCUUCGAGACGACGCUGUCCUUCCUGAAAGACGCCAUCCUCGACGGCGACUGGGACGACUUGAGCACGCCCAGCAGCCGCAUCGUCAUGGGAAGGCUGGGAAAGAUCGGCACGGGCGCUUUCGACGUGCUUACCAGGGCGCAUCCGAGGAACGGGAAGAAUCACUUGGGUUAAGAAAGCUGAGGGCAAGCAAGUCGCGGUGUAAUGGGAUUCGAAAAGUUGGGUGGGUGCAUGGGAGUUUUUGAGAGCUUGGUUAUGGGUAUAUUUAAUCAUGUACUUAUCGUCGUUUUCAAGAAUAUAGCAGAAAUGUUUUAUACGUUAUCAUAGUUUGGUGUCGUGGUUUGUGAUAUAGAAUUGUGUCUGCGUGGUAUAUUGAGCCGGUAUGUAUGGCUGUAUAUUCAUUGUGGAAGCUUCAGAGUAAAGCUUUCCGUCAAGAUAGCCGCCUUGAUGCCACCGGGCAUUUAUAUUUCAGUCCUACUUGUGAUGAAGGAAUUAUGUGAAUAUCUGGUUUCAAUGUAACGAGUCAAGAUAUUUGAGGUGCCAUCGCUUGAACUACGAAAGCGUUUCAAGUUUCGAGAUUUCCAUACACAUUCAGAGGUGUGUUGUUAAAACUCUAGAUCAUAUCUAAUUAGCUUACCGCGACUUCAGUCUUCUCAGUUAUCACGAAAGUCUUC